CCUACUAAGCCCUGAGAAGCGGUCUGUGUGGAAACUUAUUAAUUAAUGCAUUUCCAUGGCUGAGGUUCGUCGACUCGUCGUCUUGGUCAUUAAACAUUUUUGAUAAUAAGCCAAAACGAAGUCGUUCGACUGCUUACAUCGGAAGACAUUUUGAUUUCUCUAUUAUACAAUCGAACAAAAGUCUUCGGCUUCUCGUCGGAUCCGUAAAUAAGAAGAAAAGAUGUUAAUCACGAGGGGUGUUUCUCGCAAGUUCCGCAGCUUCUAUGGCUGCUCUCGAUCUCUCCUCUCCUCUCCCCGCCUCGCAAUCAUACCCGAUCGGAGUCACUCCUCUUGCUCCGACUCUACUACACACAAGGGUUACGUUUGCAGAGGUACUUCUUGUGCAUUGACUUCUCCGGGUUUUGGGAGCUUUAGACAUCAGCUCUAUCACCAGAGCAGCUCCGUUGUUGAGGAGGAGCUUGACCCCUUUUCGCUUGUUGCUGAUGAGCUGUCACUUCUUAGUAAUAAGUUAAGAGCCAUGGUAGUUGCCGAGGUGCCGAAGCUUGCCACUGCGGCUGAAUACUUCUUCAAAAGAGGUGUGGAAGGCAAACAGUUUCGUCCAACUAUUUUGCUGUUGAUGGCGACAGCUCUGAAUGUACGCGUACCAGAAGCAUUGGCUGCUGAUACAGCAGAUAUUGUCCCAUCAACAGAAUUACGUGUAAGGCAGCGGGGUAUUGCUGAAAUCACCGAAAUGAUACAUGUUGCAAGCUUACUACACGAUGAUGUCUUGGAUGAUGCGGAUACAAGGCGUGGUGUUGGUUCCUUAAACUUUGUAAUGGGUAACAAGAUAUCAGUAUUAGCAGGAGACUUUUUGCUCUCUCGGGCUUGUGUGGCUCUUGCUGCUCUUAAAAACACAGAGGUUGUAUCAUUACUUGCAACUGUUGUAGAACAUCUUGUUACCGGUGAAACCAUGCAAAUGACUAGCACAACCGAUCAGCGUCAUAGUAUGGACUACUACAUGCAGAAGACAUAUUAUAAGACGGCCUCACUAAUCUCAAAUAGCUGCAAAGCAAUCGCAUUACUCGCUGGACAAUCAGCAGAAGUUGCUACGUUAGCUUUUGAAUACGGAAGGAAUCUGGGCUUGGCAUUCCAAUUGAUAGACGACGUUCUUGACUUCACGGGCACAUCAGCUUCUCUCGGAAAGGGAUCGUUAUCGGAUAUCCGCCAUGGGAUCAUAACAGCUCCAAUCCUCUUUGCCAUGGAGGAGUUUCCUCAACUACGCACAGUUGUUGAUCAGCUUGAAAAAGAUCCAACAAAUGUUGACAUUGCUUUAGAGUAUCUUGGGAAGAGCAAGGGAAUACAAAGGACAAGAGAGUUAGCUAUAGAGCAUGCGAAUCUGGCAGCAGCAGCAAUAGGGUCUCUACCUGAAACAGACGAUGAAGAUGUCAAAAGAUCGAGGCGGGCACUUAUUGACUUGACCCAUAGAGUCAUCUCCAGAAACAAGUGAGGAUACAAAAUACACACCAAACAUCGUCAUAAUUUCAAUUUCAUUCCAUUCCAUUGGUAGGAUUUUGUUUUUUGUCCAACUCUUUUCACGAAAUGAUUUGUUGGACAAGAAGUGGUUUUCAUUUUAAACAAAACACAGAAGAAAAGAAGAGACAGUGACACUACUUGUUAAAUCAUU